AUGAGGUUCGGUGAAUAUCUCCGUUCUUCUAUGAUCAAGGAGUUCUAUCCUUUCUAUAUUGCGUACGACGAGCUCAAGAAAGCUCUCAAGACCGAUUUCGUCGACGAGCCAACCUCCGACAACACCAAGCCCGCCCGCAAAGAAUGGACUGAGGAUGAUGAAACAGACUUUGUGUCCUUGCUCGAGAGCGAAUUGGAGAAGGUAUUCCUGUUCCAGAAGCGUAAGAGCGAGGAGAUUGUCGAGCGCAUUCAAGAGAGCGAGUUCGAGGUGAAUGAUGUGGUCUCCCGUCUGGACAGCUCGGUCGAUACCCGUCGGCACAGUGCUCGAGCCUCUCGGCCCACACCCACAGAUGCAGAUUUCUUGAUGCUGGAGCAGGUGCUCAGCGAUAUCAUUGCUGAUGUUCAUGAUCUGGCUAAAUUCACCCAAUUGAAUUAUACCGGGUUCCAGAAGAUCAUCAAGAAGCAUGACAAACAAACACAAUGGUACUUGAAGCCGGUAUUUGCGACACGUCUAAAGGCGAAGCCUUUCUUCAAAGAUAAUUAUGACGCUUUUGUGAUUAAACUAUCUAAGCUGUAUGACUUGGUCCGCACCAAGGGUAACCCGGUCAAGGGUGAUUCAUCCGCGGGUGGCACACAACAGAACUUUGUGCGCCAGACUACAAAGUAUUGGGUGCACAGAGAUAAUAUUACAGAGCUGAAACUGGUGAUAUUAAAGCACCUGCCGGUGUUAGUAUUCAACGCUAGCAAGGAGUUUGAGGAGAAGGAUACGGCCAUCUCCUCUAUUUACUACGACAACACAGAUACUUGGGAGCUGUAUCAAGGUCGUCUGAAGAAAACAGAAGGCGCCGAGGCAAUCCGUCUGCGUUGGUAUGGUGGGAUGGAAAGUGACCAGAUCUUCGUGGAGCGCAAAACUCACCGUGAGGACUGGACGGGAGAAAAGUCGGUCAAGGCGCGUUUUUCCCUCAAGGAAAAACACGUGAAUGCCUAUCUCGAAGGCCGCAUGACCGUUGAGCAGAUUUUCGACAAGAUGCGCAAGGAGGGCAAAAAGAGUCCAGCAGAGAUUGAUGAUCUGGAGCAAUUAGCCCGUGAGAUUCAGUAUCGCGUUAUUACUCGUCGUUUGGUACCUGUCACCCGCACCUUCUACCAUCGGACUGCAUUCCAGCUUCCAGGAGAUGCUCGUGUUCGAAUCUCUCUUGACACGGAACUGACCAUGGUUCGGGAGGACAACAUGGACGGCCGCCGACGCGCAGGAAAUAAUUGGCGUCGGAUGGAUAUUGGAGUCGACUUCCCAUUUUCCCAGCUGCCCCCUGAGGAUAUCGAUCGAUUUCCCUAUGCUGUGCUGGAGGUGAAACUGCAAACCCAGGCAGGCCAGGAACCACCCCAAUGGAUUCGGGAUUUGACUGCUAGUCAUUUGGUUGAGGCCGUCCCGAAAUUCAGCAAGUUCAUCCACGGAACAGCCACCAUGUUCCCUACUCGCAUCCACCUGCUCCCAUUCUGGUUCCCCCAAAUGGGCGUCGACAUUCGCAAACCAGCCACCCAUCAAUAUGGUAUUCACAGACCGCUGGCGAGCACCUCGAUAUCCGCCAAUGAUGAAGAUUCAGACGAUGAUGAAACUCCGGGGACGGACGAGCGCGUCCUGAAUGGACAAGACACCGAAGACCAGACUGGAUUGUUCGAGACCAAUGGCAACGAAUUGGAUAUCGAAGAACGCAUUGCCGCUCGACCUCUUCCCGGCGAGGAAGAUUACCCCUUGUACGACUCGGACGACGAAUCGGUUUAUUCCGACGAACUUGAAGAAGCCCGCCGCGUAGGCGGGGUGUACUAUGCGCAGAAAUUGGCCCAACACUACCUCUCCCGAACCGGACAUGCUGUCGCACAGGGUCUAAUGGCGAUAAUUCCCCGCCCGCGUCCAACAUCCCUACCACCUCCGGAACAACGUGGGAUUGCUGUCUUGGGUACUCAUCAACGCACCCUGCAGCGAUUCCAGGCGCCCCCAGGCAAACGCAUCUUCGUCCCCGUGCGCGUAGAACCUAAAGUAUACUUCGCCGCUGAGAGAACCUUCCUCUCAUGGCUCGAGUUCUCUAUCAUCCUCGGGGGUAUCGCCGCCACGCUCCUCAACUUCGGCUCCGACUCAGCCACGCUCAUCUCCUCCUGGGCGUUCACCAUUCUCGCCGCCGGCUCUUUGGUCUACAGUCUGUUCCUAUACAUCUGGCGCGUGGACAAGAUCCGCAAGCGUCGCGACGUUAAACGUGUAUACUACGAGAAAUGGGGUCCGACAGUCGUCAGCCUCGGUCUUGUCAUUAUCAUCUUGGUCAAUUUCGCGCUGCGCGUACGUGCUGGAGGGUUUAUGGCUGCGCCAGGCUCGGAGGGCGAGCCUCAACAUGGCGGGCAUGGUGAGUUGUAG